AUUUAAUACGGGAGUGAGACGAAAAUGACCUCGUAGGUUGAUGAUUGCGUAACGAGUGCAAAACGGAAAUGAGCUUUAAUAGGAUAAAAAGGUAUAGGCAUUAUGGUGGUAGGGCAGUAUAUUGCAGAUUGCAUCGCACUCUGUACGGGGACUUUGAACGAGAAGGGAAACCAUCUUUGUUUCUUCUACAACUCUACUCUAUCAUGGAUUUCGUGAUAAUACCGUAUUUUUUAGUAUUAACGUCGUAUGGAUCAGUGAUCAAUGAAACCGACAAUUGGAAGAUAAAUGGCACUUAUUAUCAACCUGAAUACACUUAUUUCGUCAACAUGAAUUACGAAGCAUCAGCGGAAAGAAAUCAACCAGCAAUUUACAAGUUGAAUUUAACGUCCGUAAUGAAAUGCCAAGCGAAAGACUUAAAUAUCCUAUCGUGUUCGUUGGAAAAGAAAAGAUCUGUACUGCUGGAUUUGAAACACGACACGUAUUUCGAUCGAAUACAAACUAGCAAGGAAAUGUUUGAAAUACGUUUUGACAAAUACGGAGUCGAUAGCAUUCGAGUGUCCUCGAAGAUCGACGAAAGCGAAUACAGCUUGAUCAAAUUGAUCGUUAGCCAAUUGAAUAUUGGUACCAAUUUAAGAUCACACAGGUUCUCAUUGAUAUUUUUGGAUAAAGAAAAUUCUACGGCCGGUAGAUGCGACACCCUUUUUAGCAUAACUCAAUUCCCUUGCAAGCAAACGAAUUUUACGAUCGCUGAUUACAAAAACUACAAAAUGCGUACGAUCUUGUACGACUUCUUAAGCGACACGAUUGUUUUGAGAAAAAGAAGGAACCUCAGAAAAUGCGAGAAAUCCACUGAAGUAUCACCGGUCGAGAUUAAUAAUUCGGUUAAUUUAACCGUAACAUCAUCUUACAGUGAGAUACACUUUUGCAAAGAUUCCUUCGAAAGUUCUACCAUAAUCGAAGGUAAAUCAUUAACCAUCAAUCGCGAUCCACGAACUUCCGUUUUCCGGCAAGUGAUCAAUGUCCGUUUGGAGAACAUCGGAAAGAGCGCAGAAGAUCUAUCAUUUCCUAGCGAUGCUGCGAGCGAUAUUAUUUAUUUACAUAAAACUGUCGAAUCUAAUCAUUUCGAUACAUAAUUAUUAUUUUAUUUCUUUCUUUUCUUUCUAUUUCCUUUUUCUUUUUGUUACGAAUAGAAAUAACUCCUUGAUACGCCGAAAAAGAGUAUUAUAUUUAUACAUAUUAACGUAUAACAAUUAAUGGAUGUUUCUUUUUUUAAAUAAAAAUUCUCACUGUCA